GCAGCCUCUUGCAUCCUUCUUUUGGCAACCAACCCCAGUAAGCAGAUCGUGGCACCCUUGCAAUGUUGGGUUGACUGGAAACGAUGAAUCAAUCGACGAAACGUGUCUGCAGGGAUAUGCUGCCGCGGCGGGUUUUGCAACAAAGUCGUUCGUUUUCGACGAAGAACUUUGCAAACAUGGAGAAAUGGUUUGCCGCAAUCGCUACAGGUUUACCUUGAUCGGGCCUCCUCAUUCGAGAACCGGCUGAAGGAGCACGCUACUCGGUAGCGUGCUCUUUGUUACUGUAUAAGGUGUGGUGCCAAAUCCCACCAGCUUGUGUUUGAAAGGCUCUAACCAAGCCGAGGAGGACUAUGUGGGUUAUCACCUGCUUCCCACCGCAGGAUCAUUGCCCGGCUCGCUCGUCCUAGUAAAGUGUAGCCCAAGGACGCUACCGCCAGUUCAAGCCGAAUGAAUCCUCCUGGGAGACCUUAGGAGAGAUUUUCAGCCAAAAAAUCCUUCUUCAAUCAGACACAUUCUCCUUCUGCGCCAAGAGACUACGAUCUGGUCCCAACUCUGAACCAACUACACUCAACUUUCUUUUGCAUUGCAAGCAACUUACAGAAAAUGGGACCAACAACCCCUACACAGGGACCGCGUGGUCACCGUUCGGACUCCAGAGCAUCCUCCAAUUACUCAUCCCCUUUUGACUUAGAUGAGAUGUUAGAAACCGUCAAUCUCCGUCGGGAGAGCUCCCAACUCUCCUCUGAGACCGCUAUCAACAGAUCUACGAGCGCCUAUAAGCCACAAGCGCGGGAGUCGAGAGAUGUCUUCUCAUCGCUGUUUCAUUUCAAAAAUCAAUCAAAGCGAAGAGUCACCGCCAACCCUCCCUAUUCCACAGAUAUACACGACAAAAGACACGAGUAUAAUGAGAAGGAAUCACUCAAGUCUUCAAUUUUCUCAAGGCGAAAAUUCAAGGACGUUCCAGUUACCCCUCCACCUAAAUCGGAAGCACGGAAAGCGCUCAGCACAUUCGAUAAAACCCAAAUUUCAAAACCAACCGAACUACUUGAGGAUCUCCGUGGUAGACGCGACAUUCGUAGUCGUCCGUAUGGUGGCGAGAGCGUUUACCCACAACCGUUACACAUCUCAAAACCGUUACCAACACCACCCGACCAAGCUGUGCCGUCACUCGGAGGAUAUAGUAUCGCUUAUGAGUCUCUCCCAGAGCCAACGAUUGACCAGUUGCCAGUAAUAGUUAAUCGAUCAGUGGUAUCCGUCCAUCACUCAACGCCUUCUGGCCGUCAUUCCUCCACAGUACCAUCUGUUGAUUAUACUUCAGACUAUUCUUCAACACCGACCGAGACGGGCCAAUCUCGAAGCCAAACCCCAACGCCUUCUCCCGAGUCUAGUCUAGUAUCACCCCCGCCAAUCUCACCCGGUCGCGAGUGGUCACUGUCUGACGGUGUAUCAGUUACCUCGCGAAAUGCGUCACCUGGCGCAACCGAACCAGAACGGGGUCAUCUAGAGGAGCUGGCUAAACCAGCUCUUAAACGCGUUGGCAGUUUUCGAUCUCUAUCGGCUAUCAAGCACCGGCCAUCUACAAUGGAAUCUGAAUUACCACCAAUGCCAAUUCUGAAGAGAACCAAUAGUUCAAAGUCUCUCUAUGUUGUUCGUCGACCUUCCACAACGGAGACUCUGGCGCCGCCAAUGCCACAUUGGAAACGAGGCGGUAGUACAACGCCUCGGAACAAACUGCGUCGCAGAUCAACAAUGGAGUCGCAUAUACAACCUGUUUCGACAUUCGAGACUGGGAGUUCUGUCAAAUCGCUUCUGAAAUUCAGACGUAGGUCAUCAGCGAUGAUGGACACAUCCUCCCCCAAUGAAUCCGCCUCCCAAAAGCCACUUUCAAGCCUACGGCGCUUAUCAAUGACCAUGUCUGAGCUACCAUUGUUGUUCAAAUCUGAGAAAGAGAUCAGACCUGAAUCUGGCAUGAGUUACCGGCAAAAUUUGACCACUGACAAUAACAUGUCAAGGUACGCGUCGCUGAAAAGAGUCAGUAGCAUCAAGUCGCUCUCCGCCGUUAAGCAUAGGUCAUCGACAAAGAGCGCGGAUUCUCCGCCCCAAACUCUUCGGAGAAGCAGCAGCUCCAAGUCUCUGUCAUCUCUAAAACAUCGAUCUACAGAUUUCCUCUCUUUACCCCCUUUGCCAUCGUUGGAUCUUGAUAUAUUCAAGACUGCAAAACCUGCAAAGCGUGCAUCGACGGCGACGGCGGACCUACAGCAAAGCCUGUCAAUGGAUAAAAGUCUUCCAACUUGGCGGCCCCCAAGUCGUAGAUCAUCGUUAGCAGUGGAUGUCUCUUCGAAACACGCUCUGGAAAGAUUGAUUGGGCAUGAGAAGCCGGUUAUAGGUCAGCAAAACCCGCGACAUUGGAGUCAAUCAGUUAGGUCCAGCAACAAUAUGGACCUAAAUGACAAUCGCCCUACAUCACCUCUACCACCUCGUCCUCCGCGCUCGCCUGUGAAAGAAGAUGAGUGGAUUCCUCGCAUGCCAUUAUUACAACUCGGACCUGCCCAUCCCGAGUUUGAAGAAAUUUUCACACCGCGAUAUAAACGAGCCAUCAAGCACGCUUACUCAUUCGAUACACUACGAGAUGUCAAUGGCAAUCCCACUCCUCGUUCAAGACGCAUUUCUUCUCAAUCUACUAUGUCAUACUCAAGACCACCGAACCAGCCUUCUUGGCCGCUUCUAGACAGAACUAAUGAGUCAACUACCACCACAUCAAAGAAGAAAUUGGACACAAUAGAGUCAAAUACUAAGUACAGGAGCGGGAUCACGAACCAGAAUAGAGAGCUACGCACUCGCCACUCACUCCCUGUUAUGCGCUCCUUCCUAGAUCUGCCAAAGCCGAAAUCUAUUCUCAAAAGACAAGGCUCGAAAGACGAGAAGUGGGAAAAGGAUAUUGACUUCUGUUAUGAUAACGAAGUAGACUCUAACUUCAACUAUCGCUGGGAGCCGAAAUCUAGAGUCAUUAACGGGAAGCAGACUGCCAAACGAAUCUUCACGGUUUCAGAUAGUGUAGGACCAAGAAGGCGUCUUAGUUAUACGACACAGACUGGUGUUAACCCUGUGACGAAGGAUUCCAAAGCUCAACUGGACGCCUCCCACAAACAAUCUGUUCUAGAGAUGGCCACAAAAGACAGACCAAUCCCUCGCUUAGAGGACCUGGGUACUAUGCCACCAGAGUUGAAAGAUUCUGAGAUAUCUUUAUCGCCUAUAGGUAUCCCAAAAGACAAUCGACUGAGUACUCCAGAAUUCACGAAACAAUUAAACACCGAAGACGUCAAUUUACAGAGAGCUAGCAAUAGCACUACUGAUAGCAAUAGCUCGUCUUGGUACUCUACUGGGGAUGAGAAGCACCACUCCACUACAUCUACCGGUACUGCGUUGACACAACCAAGCCUAUGCAGUGUAUCUUUGAAUACCAUGCUGUCUUCGCCAGUUAAGGAAAGUGUGGCCAAAGCUGAGCCGAAAUCGGCAGCUAUGACAUCUACCAACGAGAAUAGCUCUCCACUUCUUCUCCCAAUUCAAGGCGUCAAAGAAGGGCGACUAGCAGGGCUGUCAACAGAACAGGGUACUCCCCCAGAUGUCCUCGCUGAACGGAGGUUAUCCUCAGCAAUUCUUGAAGAAGACGGAGCAUUGCCUGCUAUUUUCCCUGAAUAUGAAGCCUACUUAGCAACCAUCAUGGAGGAGGAAACUUCUGAAGCCCGGCCCGAUGAACACAAAGUGGCGGUAACUCCUAGUGUGCCAAAACAAGAACAGAGUGAGCCUUUGAGUUUGCCAAACAUGACAGAAACGAAAUCCAAAGCUAUUGCAACAGCCAAAGAACCGACAACAGCUAUUUCUCAAGUAGAAGUAGGCUUUAACAAAGGUUUUGAGCUUCCGAAUACAUCCAUCCCUAGUCGCAAGCCGUUGCCUCUGCAUACUCAUACUUUACAACCAACAUCAGCCGCCAAUGGGAAGCAUGAGACGGAUACGAAUGUUCCACAGUUUCAUUCUGAAGACUCAUCCACACAACCACCAACGGUCGAUCAAAGCCGCGCAGCGCCCACGUCGGAUAAAGCUGUUGUAGAGGAGCCAUCGUUGGAAACCACACCUAAGCAGAAUACUGUGUCUCUAGCCGCACCUACAAUUAAUAAUGCUAACUCGAAUGAGAGAAUGAGUGAAACGAAGCUGGAUUCAAUUGCUGACUCCUUUGGAAAUAAUGACCCACGACUCAAUUCUGGAGCACUGCAUUCUCAAGAGAUGAUGCAUCAGAACACAAUGAGGGGAAAUUUCAUGCCCAACAUAGGUUCUAGCGACCAGUCGUCAAAUUUUAUGCCUGGAAACAAGAUGCCUGCUAGUGUGCCCCUCAACACUAUGGAGCCUCCUAAUGUGUACACCGGCAUGUCGGGAAAUAUGAUGUAUGGAGACAUCUAUUCGGACAUGACGUAUGAAAAUAUGAUGUACGAAAGCAUGAUGUAUCGACAAAUGAUGUAUAGAGACAUGAUGCUUCGAGAUACUGUUUCAGGGAAUAUGCAUCAAGGAGCUGCACUUGGCAACAUGCAUAUUGGACCUAUGAUGCCUGCAAACAUGCCAAUGCGAGGCAUGCACCCGAACAUGAUGAUGAAUAUGAAUGUUCCUAAACCCAUGAUGCCGGGAAGUGGUGUACCAGGACCCCAUAUACCUGGAUACAAAGGGUAUGGGCCUGAGUGGUCCAAAAGUCCUUUGGCUGGAAAUGGUCACAACGCAAACAAUGCGUUUGGAAGCACAGUGACUCAAAACAAUAUGCAAGGAAAUAUUCAAAGGAACAACUCACAGGCAAGCACCGAUCCAGAAGCUCAAGGGCGACUCAAUGGCAACAACAUGAUACCGAAGAACGGCAGAGCCAACUAUCCCCAGAGUUACUAUGCAUCUCAGGGACACAAUGCCUUCAAUGAUCUCAAUCAACUAAACCAGCGACAACAUCUCAAUGGGUUUUCUCAGCACACAAAUGGUCAUCUUGGAGGCAACAUGCCUCUCAAUGGCAUGCCUCGAAAUGUUAUGUUUGGAAUGAACAACAUGAACAAUAAUCAUAUGGCAGCUAUGUCAAACUAUAUGGGAGCGAACAUGUCAUCAAGGAGCGCUACUCCGACAGGCAUGAUGUACUCUCAUCACGCAAUGUCAGAGAGUGACAUGUCAGAACUCUCCUUUUCGGGAGGCAUGACAGAUACAGCCAGCCUGCGCUCGUGGCCUAGUAAUAUGAGCCUCCGCAGCAAUUCUGUGCGCAACUCAUACAGCAUGUAUCUAUAAACCUGGCGUUUGGUCGAUGGGAACUUGGUGUUGGGGUUGUAUGUUACAGACAAACUACUAAAUUCUUUUCUUUUGCCAGAGUCUUUUCCUUAUUUAUAUAAUUAAUUUAUCAUAUCAAUAUAGCUCAC